GGAGAUGAAUGGAAAAGAGCAUUUAAAACUAAACAGGGGUUAUAUGAAUGGAUGGUAAUGCCGUUUGGGUUAUCUAAUGCGCCUAGUACAUUUAUGAGGCUUAUGAAUCAUGUUUUGAGGAAGUAUAUUGGGCUGUUUGUUGUAGUAUAUUUUGAUGAUAUCCUGGUGUAUAGCAAGACCUUUGAUGAUCAUAUGAAGCAUCUUAGAGUUGUGUUUGAAACUUUGCGAGAUUCUAAGUUGUAUAGGAAACUCACAAAGUGUUACUUCUGUAAAGAAAGUGUCGUGUUUCUUGGGUAUAUUAUCUCUAGCAGGAGAGUUAAGGUUGAUGAGGAGAAAAUUGAGGCAAUUCGGGACUGGCCAAAACCUGCUAGUAUCGCUGAUGUGAGGAGUUUCCAUGGUUUAGCUUCUUUCUACAGGCGAUUUGUGAAAGACUUCAGCUCUAUUGUUGCUCCUAUGACAAAAUGCUUGAAAAAAGGGAACGACUUUAGAUGGAGUGAAGAUGCGCAGAAAGCAUUUGAGCUAAUUAAGGAGAAGUUGUGUACUGCUCCAGUUUUAGCACUUCCAGACUUUGCUAAAACAUUCGAAAUAGAGUGCGAUGCUUCCGGAGUUGGAAUUGGGGCUGUCUUGCUGCAAGAAAAGAGGCCGAUUGCAUUCUUCAGUGAAAAGUUAAAUGGAGCACGUUUGAACUACUCUAUUUACGACAAGGAGUUCUAUGCUUUGAUUCGGGCUCUAGAGGUAUGGCAGCACUACUUGUUGCCUAAAGAAUUUGUUAUACAUACUGAUCAUGAAUCCUUGAAGUAUCUUAAGGGGCAAAGCAAGCUGAAUCGCAGACAUGCUAAAUGGGUGGAGUUUAUGGAGUCAUUUCCUUAUGUCAUAAAGUACAAGAAAGGGCAAGUUAAUGUGGUUGCUGAUGCUCUUUCUAGGAGGUUUGCACUGAUCUCUAUGUUGAAUGCAAAGCUGAUGGGUUUUGAACAAGUGAAGGAACAGUAUGCUAAUGAUUCCUACUUUGCUAAUGUGGUUGUUGAAUGUGCAAAGGGAGCUUGUGAUGGGUUCUUUAUGCAUGAAGGUUACUUGUUCAAAAUGGGCAGAAUGUUUAUUCCUUCAGGAUCGUUACGGGAGUUGCUUGUGCGAGAGGCUCAUGGUGGUGGUCUUAGUGGUCAUUUUGGGGAGAAGAAGACUUAUGAGCUGCUGAAAGAACAUUUCUUUUGGCCUAGCAUGUUACGGGAUGUGCACAAGGUGAUUGAGAGAUGUGCUAUUUGCAAGAAAGCUAAGGGUAAAGAGAAUGCAUAUGGACUGUAUAUGCCAUUACCUAUUCCAGAGCAACCAUGGAUGGAUGUUAGCAUGGACUUUGUACUUGGGUUACCAAGAACACAGCGUGGAAAGGAUUCAAUAAUGGUCGUGGUUGAUCGAUUCUCCAAAAUGUCUCAUUUCAUUCCUUGCAACAAAACUGAUGAUGCAGUACAUGUUGCUGAUUUGUUCUUUCAAAAGAUUGUUCGUUUGCAUGGAGUUCCUAAAAGCAUUGUCUCUGAUCGUGAUACAAAGUUCUUAAGCCACUUUUGGAAGACUCUUUGGAGGAAAGAUGUGUUUCCAGAUGAAUUACCUAAAGGGUUACCACCUAUUCGUGGAAUUGAGCAUCAAAUUGAUUUGGUGCCGGGAGCUUCACUUCCUAACAGACCAGCAUACAGAUGUAAUCCAGAGGAAGCAAAAGAGAUUCAAAGGCAGGUUGGUGAGCUCUUAGAGAAGGGCUAUGUGCGAGAAUCACUUAGUCCAUGUUCCGUACCUACUUUGCUUGUACCGAAGAAAGAUGGUACCAUGAGGAUGUGUAUGGACAGCCGCGCUAUCAACAAAAUAACAGUUAAGUAUCGAUUUCCUAUACCCAGACUUGAUGAUUUGCUUGAUGAGUUGCAUGGAGCUGCAUUGUUUUCUAAAGUCGAUUUGAUGAGUGGUUAUCACCAAAUUAGAAUGAAAGAAGGAGAUGAAUGGAAAAGAGCAUUUAAAACUAAACAGGGGUUAUAUGAAUGGAUGGUAAUGCCGUUUGGGUUAUCUAAUGCGCCUAGUACAUUUAUGAGGCUUAUGAAUCAUGUUUUGAGGAAGUAUAUUGGGCUGUUUGUUGUAGUAUAUUUUGAUGAUAUCCUGGUGUAUAGCAAGACCUUUGAUGAUCAUAUGAAGCAUCUUAGAGUUGUGUUUGAAACUUUGCGAGAUUCUAAGUUGUAUAGGAAACUCACAAAGUGUUACUUCUGUAAAGAAAGUGUCGUGUUUCUUGGGUAUAUUAUCUCUAGCAGGAGAGUUAAGGUUGAUGAGGAGAAAAUUGAGGCAAUUCGGGACUGGCCAAAACCUGCUAGUAUCGCUGAUGUGAGGAGUUUCCAUGGUUUAGCUUCUUUCUACAGGCGAUUUGUGAAAGACUUCAGCUCUAUUGUUGCUCCUAUGACAAAAUGCUUGAAAAAAGGGAACGACUUUAGAUGGAGUGAAGAUGCGCAGAAAGCAUUUGAGCUAAUUAAGGAGAAGUUGUGUACUGCUCCAGUUUUAGCACUUCCAGACUUUGCUAAAACAUUCGAAAUAGAGUGCGAUGCUUCCGGAGUUGGAAUUGGGGCUGUCUUGCUGCAAGAAAAGAGGCCGAUUGCAUUCUUCAGUGAAAAGUUAAAUGGAGCACGUUUGAACUACUCUAUUUACGACAAGGAGUUCUAUGCUUUGAUUCGGGCUCUAGAGGUAUGGCAGCACUACUUGUUGCCUAAAGAAUUUGUUAUACAUACUGAUCAUGAAUCCUUGAAGUAUCUUAAGGGGCAAAGCAAGCUGAAUCGCAGACAUGCUAAAUGGGUGGAGUUUAUGGAGUCAUUUCCUUAUGUCAUAAAGUACAAGAAAGGGCAAGUUAAUGUGGUUGCUGAUGCUCUUUCUAGGAGGUUUGCACUGAUCUCUAUGUUGAAUGCAAAGCUGAUGGGUUUUGAACAAGUGAAGGAACAGUAUGCUAAUGAUUCCUACUUUGCUAAUGUGGUUGUUGAAUGUGCAAAGGGAGCUUGUGAUGGGUUCUUUAUGCAUGAAGGUUACUUGUUCAAAAUGGGCAGAAUGUUUAUUCCUUCAGGAUCGUUACGGGAGUUGCUUGUGCGAGAGGCUCAUGGUGGUGGUCUUAGUGGUCAUUUUGGGGAGAAGAAGACUUAUGAGCUGCUGAAAGAACAUUUCUUUUGGCCUAGCAUGUUACGGGAUGUGCACAAGGUGAUUGAGAGAUGUGCUAUUUGCAAGAAAGCUAAGGGUAAAGAGAAUGCAUAUGGACUGUAUAUGCCAUUACCUAUUCCAGAGCAACCAUGGAUGGAUGUUAGCAUGGACUUUGUACUUGGGUUACCAAGAACACAGCGUGGAAAGGAUUCAAUAAUGGUCGUGGUUGAUCGAUUCUCCAAAAUGUCUCAUUUCAUUCCUUGCAACAAAACUGAUGAUGCAGUACAUGUUGCUGAUUUGUUCUUUCAAAAGAUUGUUCGUUUGCAUGGAGUUCCUAAAAGCAUUGUCUCUGAUCGUGAUACAAAGUUCUUAAGCCACUUUUGGAAGACUCUUUGGAGGAAGCUUGGAACGAAGUUACAAGUAGAAGGAUUGGACUUACCAAUACAGAUUAAAGAAUUGCUUGAAGAAUUUAAAGAUGUGUUUCCAGAUGAAUUACCUAAAGGGUUACCACCUAUUCGUGGAAUUGAGCAUCAAAUUGAUUUGGUGCCGGGAGCUUCACUUCCUAACAGACCAGCAUACAGAUGUAAUCCAGAGGAAGCAAAAGAGAUUCAAAGGCAGGUUGGUGAGCUCUUAGAGAAGGGCUAUGUGCGAGAAUCACUUAGUCCAUGUUCCGUACCUACUUUGCUUGUACCGAAGAAAGAUGGUACCAUGAGGAUGUGUAUGGACAGCCGCGCUAUCAACAAAAUAACAGUUAAGUAUCGAUUUCCUAUACCCAGACUUGAUGAUUUGCUUGAUGAGUUGCAUGGAGCUGCAUUGUUUUCUAAAGUCGAUUUGAUGAGUGGUUAUCACCAAAUUAGAAUGAAAGAAGGAGAUGAAUGGAAAAGAGCAUUUAAAACUAAACAGGGGUUAUAUGAAUGGAUGGUAAUGCCGUUUGGGUUAUCUAAUGCGCCUAGUACAUUUAUGAGGCUUAUGAAUCAUGUUUUGAGGAAGUAUAUUGGGCUGUUUGUUGUAGUAUAUUUUGAUGAUAUCCUGGUGUAUAGCAAGACCUUUGAUGAUCAUAUGAAGCAUCUUAGAGUUGUGUUUGAAACUUUGCGAGAUUCUAAGUUGUAUAGGAAACUCACAAAGUGUUACUUCUGUAAAGAAAGUGUCGUGUUUCUUGGGUAUAUUAUCUCUAGCAGGAGAGUUAAGGUUGAUGAGGAGAAAAUUGAGGCAAUUCGGGACUGGCCAAAACCUGCUAGUAUCGCUGAUGUGAGGAGUUUCCAUGGUUUAGCUUCUUUCUACAGGCGAUUUGUGAAAGACUUCAGCUCUAUUGUUGCUCCUAUGACAAAAUGCUUGAAAAAAGGGAACGACUUUAGAUGGAGUGAAGAUGCGCAGAAAGCAUUUGAGCUAAUUAAGGAGAAGUUGUGUACUGCUCCAGUUUUAGCACUUCCAGACUUUGCUAAAACAUUCGAAAUAGAGUGCGAUGCUUCCGGAGUUGGAAUUGGGGCUGUCUUGCUGCAAGAAAAGAGGCCGAUUGCAUUCUUCAGUGAAAAGUUAAAUGGAGCACGUUUGAACUACUCUAUUUACGACAAGGAGUUCUAUGCUUUGAUUCGGGCUCUAGAGGUAUGGCAGCACUACUUGUUGCCUAAAGAAUUUGUUAUACAUACUGAUCAUGAAUCCUUGAAGUAUCUUAAGGGGCAAAGCAAGCUGAAUCGCAGACAUGCUAAAUGGGUGGAGUUUAUGGAGUCAUUUCCUUAUGUCAUAAAGUACAAGAAAGGGCAAGUUAAUGUGGUUGCUGAUGCUCUUUCUAGGAGGUUUGCACUGAUCUCUAUGUUGAAUGCAAAGCUGAUGGGUUUUGAACAAGUGAAGGAACAGUAUGCUAAUGAUUCCUACUUUGCUAAUGUGGUUGUUGAAUGUGCAAAGGGAGCUUGUGAUGGGUUCUUUAUGCAUGAAGGUUACUUGUUCAAAAUGGGCAGAAUGUUUAUUCCUUCAGGAUCGUUACGGGAGUUGCUUGUGCGAGAGGCUCAUGGUGGUGGUCUUAGUGGUCAUUUUGGGGAGAAGAAGACUUAUGAGCUGCUGAAAGAACAUUUCUUUUGGCCUAGCAUGUUACGGGAUGUGCACAAGGUGAUUGAGAGAUGUGCUAUUUGCAAGAAAGCUAAGGGUAAAGAGAAUGCAUAUGGACUG